AGCACCAUGCUGCCCUGGAGAAGGAAUAAGUUUGUUCUGGUGGAGGACGAAGCCAAAAGUAAACCCAAGAGCCUGGGGACGGGGCUGACCUACCACUCCAUCCUCUCCUCUCUGCUGCGCUCCUGUCCUGACUUGCUGCCCGACUGCCCGUUCGACUGGGUGGGCAGCAUCUUUCAUACAAAACGGCAGAAGGUGCAACUGAACAAAGAUGAGCCUGUUUACAAUGUGCGUUACCUGGGAAGUGUGGUCACCAUCACAGCAAAGGGAGACGGCUGCACCCAGGAUGCAGUGGCCAAGAUCUGGGCCAGGAGCAACUAUGGGGAGGAAAGUGUCAAGAUGAGGUUAACAGUGGGACCACAAGGGAUCCGGAUGAGUGCCGACAAAUCCGGUAAAAAGAAACCCAUCCAUCUUUACUCUCUGAACAGAAUUACCUACUGCAGCCCUGACCCGUGCCGGCCAAAGAUCCUGGCCUGGAUCUACAGGCACCAGGUCAAGAACAUGGCAGUGGUGCUUCGGUGUCACGCCGUCCUGGUUAGCAAAUCAGAAAAGGCCCAGGGCAUCGCCCACAGCCUCUACCAGAACGCGACCUCCGCCUUCAGCGAGUUCAAACGGCUGAAGCGUCAGAGUGACUUCCGGCACUGCCAGCAGCAGCUGCUGGGUGAGGAAGCGGUGCCCCUGAUGCCACUGAGGAGGCUGCUGAACGGGCAGUGUCACUACAGACCCCCUGCCGACAACGCCAGCUGUGCAACCCGCCUCUGCUCUAUCACAGAGGAAGAGGAGGAGGAUGAUGAGGAAAGCAAAGAUGAGGAGGCAGCAGUAGAAGAGGAGGAUGUGGAGAAGCACUACGAGAAACAAAAGGUUUUAACAACAAACACAGACCCGACUCAGUUAUUAUCAGAGUUGGACCUCGGGGAUAUUGCCAGACUGGAGCAGUGCCAAAUCAACUUUGUCAGUGACAGCAACAACAACACGUUUACGUUCAUAACCUCUCUGGUGUGA